AUAUAUAUAUAUAUAUAUAUAUAUAUAUAUAUAUAUAUAUAUAUUAUCAUGAAGGCUUGGGAAGCAACGGUGAGAAAAACACAAGCAGUAGCGAGGAAACGAGCCAACACAAUAUUUGGUACGUAUGGAACAUCGAACAUUGAGGAAGAGAUAAUUGAUCAUGUAGAUCCAGAAGAGGACAUUAAGGGUCACGUGAAUGGAGAGGUUUACCAUUCGGAGAGGUUCCUCCCCAACGGAGAUUACUAUAGUGGCUAUUGGGUCGACAGUUUCCCCCAUGGGCAUGGCAAAUAUUGGUGGACCGACGGCUGCAUGUAUGUAGGUGAUUGGUUUCGUGGCAAAAAGAUGGGAAAAGGCGCAUUUAGUUGGCCCUCUGGUGCUAUGUACGAUGGGAAUUUCAAGAGUGGAUACAUGGAUGGCGAAGGCACGUAUACAGGGCCUAAUGGGGACUCAUUUAAAGGUUCUUGGGUGAUGAAUUUGAAACAUGGUCAUGGGGUUAAAGAAUACUCCAACGGAGAUGUCUAUGAUGGGGAAUGGAGUCGUGGAUUACAAGAAGGAAACGGGAAGUAUACAUGGAAAAAUGGGAAUUGUUAUGCAGGUGAAUGGAAGAAUGGUGGAAUAUGUGGGAACGGCAAGAUGUCUUGGACAAAUGGGAAUGUGUAUGAAGGGAAUUGGGAAGAUGGAUUGCCAAAGGGAAAUGGCACAUUAAAAUGGACUGAUGGGAGCUUUUAUGUUGGCAAUUGGAGUAAAGAUAAAAAAGAACAAAAUGGGACAUUUUAUCCAUCUGCAUCACUGUUAGAAAGUGGAAAUCUUGAUUGGGAUCCUCAGCAGGUUUAUAAUACUGAUUUAAUGGAAUGUAGCAUUUGUCCAAAUGAGAAGGUUUCAAUAUUGCCUUCUCAGAAAAAGCUGGCAGUUUGGAGGUCUGCCAAGGCAACCGAAAACAACGUUAGGCCAAGGAGGAUGUCAGUUGAUGGGCGAAUAGACGUAGCGCCUGUAGAUAGGGAAUUUGGUCGAAUGCGCUUAUCAGACUGUGCAGGAACGCCUCCAAGUAUUUCUUUUCUGGAUGAUGGCAUUUCCAUGGAUGGAUAUAUUAGAGGGAGCCCUAUUAGACUUCCUAAGUCAGCAAAAAGGCAAGGAGAGACUAUUUCAAAAGGACAUAAGAAUUAUGAGCUUAUGCUCAAUUUGCAGUUGGGAAUCAGGCAUUCAGUAGGAAGGCCAGGACCAGUUCCAUCACUAGAUCUUAAGACUUCGGCAUUUGAUCCGAAAGAGAAGUACUGGACAAGAUUCCCACCUGAAGGAUCCAAAAGCACACCUCCCCAUCCUUCUUGUGAAUUCAGAUGGAAAGACUAUUGCCCAAAAGUUUUCAGGGCUUUAAGGAUGUUAUUCAAAGUGGAUGCAGCUGAUUAUAUGUUGUCUAUUUGUGGUAAUGACGCCCUCCGGGAGCUAUGCUCCCCAGGAAAAAGUGGAAGCUUCUUCUACUUGACAAAUGAUGAUAGAUACAUGAUUAAGACAAUGAAGAAGGCAGAAGUGAAAGUGCUUCUAAGGAUGCUCCAUGCCUAUUUCAACCAUGUUCAUGCUUUUGAGAACACCCUAGUGACCAAGUAUUUUGGCCUGCAUUGUGUUAAACUAACCGGACCAGCACAGAAGAAGGUACGAUUUGUUAUCAUGGGGAAUCUCUUCUGCACUGAUUUUACAAUUCAUAGACGAUUCGACUUGAAAGGAUCAACAUUUGGCCGGAUGACAGAUAAGCCAGAAUCUGAGAUUGAUGCAACCACAACUCUAAAGGACCUUGAUCUCAACUUUAUAUUCAGAUUACAAAAGACAUGGUUCCAAGAAUUCCGAAGGCAAGUUGAUAGGGAUUGUGAGUUACUGGAACAAGAAAGAGUGAUGGACUACAGCCUUUUAGUUGGUCUUCAUUUUAGGGAAGCAGGUAGCACUGGAGACCAAACUCCUCCUGGUUAUAGAACACCUACUGAUAAUGACGGGUUGGAAGAUGGAUCAGUUCCUCCUCUUUCUCGGGCAGACAAGGAUCAAUUGCUUCUUGAUCCUGCUAGGUUGGCUGGCAGAAAUUUGGGUCUAAACAUGCCAGCACGAGUUGAAAGGACAGAGAGGAAAAAUGACUUAGACUUUCAGUUAGUAGGAGAACCAACAGGGGAGUUCUAUGAUGUGAUAUUAUUUUUUGGAAUCAUAGACAUACUUCAGGACUAUGACAUUACCAAGAAGCUUGAGCAUGCAUACAAAUCUAUCCAAUGUGACCCCAAUUCUAUCUCCGCUGUAGAUCCAAAGGCAUACUCCAGGCGCUUUCGCGAUUACAUAUUCAAAGUGUUUACAGAGGACACCUGAAGAACCAGUUUUCGUUCCUGAAUUUCAAUGAAAAAUGUAAUAUGGGGCUUGAUUUAUUAUUACAAGGAGACAAUCUUGCCAACAGCUGUAUCAAUUUGAAAGUUUUCUCUACGGUUGCAGCUAAAAACUAGUACACUUCCAUUUCAUUUUUUUUCCUUAUGAUUUUUAAAUCUUCUUCUCAUAGAUAUAGACUCCAUUUGAGAUGAUAAUUGUAUAGAAACAGUUGUAAGAGAAAAAUUACAAAUGUAACUGAUUUAAUUGUGAGAUAUGUUAUUUCGGAGUUAUUUGCACAGUA